AUGGCAACCGCAAAGAAAGGCACCAUCAACCGCGCAGUCCAAUACGCCGACCCACCCAGCAUCAAAACCAUCGUCGCAGAACUCCCUAUCGAAACCCCAGGUCCGGGAGAAGUCCUCGUGAGGAUGUUGUAUUCGGGAGUUUGCCAUACGGAUUAUGGAUUUUGCACGAAUUCGUUUGGGUUGCCUGUGCCGGCUCCAAAGGGCCAAGUUGGUGGUCAUGAAGGUAUCGGGGAAGUCAUUGAGCAAGGUCCAGGAGUUACAAGUCCUGAGAUUGGUGCGAAGGUUGGGAUUAAGUAUGCUGCUGAUGCAUGUUUGAAUUGUGAUAAUUGUCUCGUAGGCGGAGAGACAAGUUGUGCCCAGACCAAAAUCUCGGGCUAUUUCACCCCAGGAACAUUCCAGCAAUAUGUCAUCAGUUCCGCCAAAUAUGUCACACCAAUUCCUGAUGGUAUUGACCUUGCAGCUGCUGCACCAUUGAUGUGUGGCGGCGUAACAGUCUACGCAGCCCUCAAACGCUCCAACACCAAACACGGCGACUGGGUCCUCAUCACCGGCGCCGGCGGCGGCCUCGGCCACCUCGCCAUCCAAUUCGCAAAAGCUAUCGGCGCUCUCGUAAUCGCACUCGACCACGGCUCCAAAGAGUCCUUCUGCAAAGGCUUCGGCGCGGACGCGUUCGUCGAUUUCACGAAAUUUUCCAGCGAUGAGGAUAUCACUGCUGAGGUGAAAAGGAUAGCGCCGAAGGGAGUCAAAACUGUGAUUGCGUGCGCGACGCCGACGAGGUCGUAUGAUCAGUGUAUUGGGUUUUUGGGGUUCAGGGGAACAUUGGUUUGUUUGGGCGUGCCGGAGAAUGAUAGGAAGCCGAUUAAGGGGGCGGAGGCGUUUACGUUGUUGAAUAAUGAAUUGUCUAUUAUGUCACUCAAGGCAGGGAAUAGGUUGGAGGCGAAAGAGUGUUUGGAACUCGUUGCUAGAGGGCUGGUCAAGACACAUUAUGAGUUGAGACCUAUGGAUAGUAUCUCGGAUAUCUUCAAAGAGAUGGAAACGGGUAGUAUCAACGGCAGAAUUGUCAUCGAUUUGAGAUGA